UUGGCUGACUCAAGAACUCGGUGCCUGAGUGAGCACUGGAUUUCUGUCCCUGUCUCUCUCCCCUUCUCAGUUUCCUGAGUUAAGUGCAGAGGGACAAACUAGAAAAAGGACUAUAAACAAGACUUCAACUGAAAACAAAGCAAGAGAGAACAGAAGAGACUCUGAUAUGGCAAGGAGACAGAGGCUGGAGCAGAAUACCAUCAGGGGCACCCUUGAUUGGAGCUUUCUUCAAGCAUGUUCCCUUAACCUCAGUAAAUACCAUGGAGGACCACAGUGAGAGCUAAAGUUCCUUUCUGGUCUGGGUGAAUUGACAGUGUUUGGUCAACAACACAGCAACAGAGUCCCAGCCAAAGUGGGGAGAAGCAGGAGAAUAAAGGAGUAAGAGAUGAGGGGACCACUAUGCCGGGUCUUGGGCACAGCCAGAAAGUGUGGCCUUCUCAAAUGGUUUAGUUUAAAGGUGUGCAAGAGGAGUACUUUCCUCUUUGCUGUCUUAUGGUUCGGCUCCUGGCUGCUCCUUAAUGGCUUGUUGCUUGUACACAGGAACAUGUUCUCAGAUGUCUGCACAGAUGACAAGAGCCGAAGCAUACUCCAGCGAGUGUGUGAGGAGUACCAGCAAGGUGUUCUGACUGGUGACCUGUGUGAAGACUUGUGCAUUGGUGGUACUGUUGAAUACAAGCGCUGUCUCUACUAUGAGAAUGGCAAAAAGGUGAUGGUGGCUGACUGGCGUGGCACUCCAGUGGUGCUCAAAUCUAAACUGGAAAACUUCUCUUCUUACGAGCCCUUCGGUUUCCUGGACUAUCUUGACACACCAGGUAACACCGGGGUUCAAGAAGAGCUCACACCCUUGGACGUGGUCCUUUAUGCCACCCUUGAGAUAAAGAACUCUCUGGGUCUAGAGAUGAAUGUCAACAUGUCACUGCCUCAGCUAUGGGGACAGCAUGUGAGGGAACAGGGAUGGGUUUAUAGCCAGGCAGAGCUGGCAUCCCUCUGGGCACUGCUUCAGCAGGAGGAGUACACCUUCCUCAGGGUGCUUCAGGACCUUAGCCACCAUGUAGCCAAGGUGGUGGGCUCAUGUGGACAUUUUUAUGCUGUGGAGUAUCUUGUAGCCGGACAUGCCUGGGAUCAAAAUAUCUUCUCUGUAGACGAUUCGUCUGGCUUGGAUCAAACCUCUUGGAAUGGGUAUAAGAGACCAGGGGUAGACAGGGACAGGAUACAUCGCAUUGCACUCAGCUUCUUAGACAUGGUUGAACACUUUGAGGAGGACUUUUCCCACCAUCUUCACCUUUGUGACAUCAAGCCUGAAAACUUUGCCAUCAGGAAAGAUCUUACAGUGGUGGCUAUAGAUGUGGACAUGGCUUUCUUUGAGCCAAAAAUGCAGGAUAUAUUAGAGCAGAACUGCACCAGUGACGGAGACUGUAACUUCUUCGAUUGUGUCUCCAAGUGUGACACACACAAAAGAAAAUGUGACUCAAAACGCAAAAACAGCAACUUGCAGGUGAUCUGUGAGAAGAUCUUCAGACCUUGGUUUUCUCCCACGGUCCUCGGUUCCAAGGCAGAACUCCCACUGCAGGUGGAGCUACAGAGUGCAGUGCAGGAGUGUGCAGAGACUGAAGGGGGCCUGGACAUAGAGUAUGGACGAGCCAUUCGGCAGCGCCUCUCCACACUGCUAACACACCUCCUACAGGAGAGUGCUGCCAACAAGCAGGCCCAGGAGCACAUCAGAUCAGGAUACCCUCACACUGCAUUAAACUUCUAAGCUUUCAAACGUGGUUCUGACAUCAUAGAGACUGCUUUCGUUUCUGCAGUUCGAACAAAGAACAGUUAUCCAUCAUGCCAAUCUACACUACGUACCUAGAGUUGUUAAAUUAUAUCCUAAAAGGAUGCAAUGGAAUAGUUUGGCAAUUUUCAUUCUUUCCACAUUUUAGAAAGUAAUUAUUAUUACAGGUACAAGUAUAUAUCGUUCUAAAACAUACUGUAAGUGUGAAU